AUGACUGAUGCAGAUGUUGUGCAUGGUGGAGUAGGUCUUGAAGAUUGCACAGAAGCAAGAUGUAGCAGCUAUGGCCCAGCUAUCCGGUUCCCAUUUCGACUUAAAGGUAGGCAACCGGUCCAUUGUGGUUACCAGGGCUUUGAUCUUUCAUGCACCAAUGGCAAUCAGACACUGCUUGAGAUGCCAUCAUCAUCUAAGCUCUUUGUUACAGAGAUUGAUUACACAUCACAGACAAUUGACGAAGAACCUGCACUUGAUUGCUUGGAUAGAGACAUUUUCAACCACAGUUCUUCUUCUGCCUUCAAAUAUGUAGGCAACAUAAGCCUUUUCAGUUGCCCACCAUCAACUGUGCAUGACUACAAAGAUGCUCUUGCAUACGCAGAAGGUUUCUCAUACAUGAUUCUCCACUGGUCCAUGCCAUCUUGUCAACAUUGUGAAGAGAAGGGCAAGCUAUGUCUGCUGAAGAAUGAAUUCACAAAUCCGACAGAUCCUCAAACUCAAUGCUUGGAUGUACCCAAAGCCAAAGGUCACAAACUUGGAGCUCCAACUAUAAAGAUAUUAGGUUAUUGCACAGUUUCUAUUAUUCUUAUAAUGACGGGAACAAUAAUCUGCUAUGUCUAUAGCUCUGUCAAAAGAGAAGAAGAAAAUCAGCUGAGAAUUAAAAGAUUUUUGGAUGACUACAAAGCUCUUAAGCCAAGCAGAUAUUCUUAUGCAGAUAUUAAGAGGAUAACAAAGCAGUUCAAGGAAAAGCGAGGUCAAGGGGCCUAUGGAACUGUGUUUAAAGGUAGAGUUUCCUCUGAAUUACUUGUUACUGUGAAAAUCCUCAACAAUUCAAAUGAGAAUGGGGAAGAUUUUAUUAAUGAAAUGGGCACAAUGGGUCAAAUCCACCAUGUCAAUGUGGUACGCUUGGUUGGUUACUGUGCUGAUGGCUUUAUACGAGCUCUUGUUUACGAAUUCUUACCAAAUGGUCCACUCCAUAAUUUCUUAUCAUCAGCAGAUAAUGAGAAUUCGUUCCUUGGCUGGGAUAAGUUGCAAGAUAUUGCUUUAGGUAUAGCCAAAGGAAUUGAAUAUCUUCACCAAGCUGGUUGUGAACAACAAAUCCUCCACUUUGACAUCAAACCCCAUAAUGUGUUGCUAGACUAUGAUUUCACUCCAAAAGUUUCCGAUUUUGGUUUAGCCAAGUUGUGCUCCAAGGAUCAAAGCGCCGUAUCCAUGACUGCAGCGAGGGGAACCAUGGGCUAUAUUGCACUAGAAUUCUUCUCAAGGAACUUUGGUAACGUGUCAUAUAAGGCAGAUGUUUAUAGUUUUGGAACAUUGCUUCUUGAAAUGGUUGGAGGCAGAAAGAAUUUUAAAGUCAUGGAAGACUCAACCAGCCAAGUCUACUUCCUAGAAUGGAUCUAUAAUCUCUUAGAACAAGGGAACGACCUGCGCAUCCAUAUUGGGGACCAAGGAAAUGUUGAAAUUGCUAGGAAACUUGCAAUUGUGGGUCUAUGGUGCAUCCUGCACCCAAUAGAUCGUCCUUCCAUGAAAACUGUAGUUCAUAUGUUGGAAGGGGAAGGUGACAAUUUGACCAUGCCUCCUAAUCCUUUUUCCUCUACUUCAUGUUCGAGUUGA